UUGGGAGUCGCGUUGUAGUCUUAGGGAGCUGCGGCAAGCUAGGCAUGGCCAUGGCGUCCCCGGCCAUCGGGCAGCGCCCUUACUCGCUCCUUCUGGACCCGGAGCCACCGCGCUACCUGCAGAGCCUGAGCGGCCCGGAGUCUCCUCCGCGGCCCGGGCGGACCCCGCGCCGCUGCGGCUCCGUGCCCCUCUCCACCGCGCCCGGGGCGCACGAGGGGCGCGGAGCGCGGGGGGCGCUGGUGGGGGACCUGGAGCCGCAGCCCCGGCCCCCCAGGCUCCCUCGCUCCCUCCGGCCGGGGCUUCAGCAGAGGCUGCGGCGGCGCCCCGGGGCUCCGCGGCCCCCGGACGUGAGGAGCAUCUUCGAGCAGCCGCGGGACCCGCGCGUCCCAGCUGAGCGCGGCGAGGGGCAUUGCUUCAUCGAGCUGGCGCUGCGGGCUGACUCGGGCUGGUGUGAUCUGUGCGGCCGGGAGGUGCGACAGCGGGCGUUACGCUGCGCCAACUGCAAAUAUACCUGCCACCAGGAAUGCCGAAGCCUGAUCCAACUGGACUGCAGUCAUCAGCAAGGGCAGUCCCGGGAGAGAACGUCACCAGAAACCACCCUUGCCCCAAGCUUCAGCCAGAAUGUCUGCAAACCCGUGGAAGAGGAGAAGCGCCAGGUCCCCACACUUAAGGAAAUCAAACAGAAAAUUGACAACUACAAUAGCAAGGAGAAAAACUGCCUGGGCAUGAAGCUGAGCGAUGAUGGUACCUACACGGGCUUCAUUAAAGUGCAUCUGAAACUUCGGAGGCCCGUGACAGUACCGGCUGGGAUCCGGCCCCGGAGCAUCUACGACGCCGUCAAGGAGGUGAACCUGGCCGCCACCACAGACAAGAGGACGUCCUUCUACUUGCCGCUGGACGCCAUCAAGCAGCUGCACAUUAGCAGCACCACCACAGUCAGCGAAGUCAUCCAGGGGCUCCUCAAGAAGUUCAUGGUAGUGGACAAUCCCCAGAAGUUUGCUCUGUUCAAGCGGACGCACAAGGAUGGACAAGUGCUAUUUCAGAAACUCUCCAUCACCGACUGUCCCCUUUACCUUCGCCUGCUGGCCGGCCCUGACACAGACAUCCUCAGUUUUGUGCUAAAGGAGAACGAGACGGGAGAGGUGGAGUGGGAUGCUUUCUCCAUCCCGGAGCUCCAGAACUUCUUAACCAUUCUGGAAAAGGAAGAACAGGACAAAAUCCAGCAAGUGCAGAAGAAGUAUGACAAGUUCAAGCAAAGACUGGAGGAACUCUUGAGAGAUGCCCAGGGCAAACCUGGCUAACCCUGCCUGCCUCCCCUUCCUCCCUCGUCCUGGAACAGCUCCAGAGGAGAAUGGAUUGGAUUAUUAUUUUGCAACAGACACUUAUCUCAGGACACAUCUUGCUGGGCACUCGUGUGCUCACCCUCAAGUUGUUCCAGUGGGCAGUAACUUCUCCGAUGUGUUGUCUUGGGAUCUUUUCUCUCGCCCCUUCCCGUGUCACCCCUCGGCCCCCAGAGACACUGUUGUGGAAGCAGUCCCGGUGUUCUAAGAGAAUCUUUCUCUUGCUCUGUCAAACCACAGGCCUUUCAGAAACCCAACAGCUGCCUUGAUGCAUCACCAAUCCAGGACCUACCACUGGUUGGCAAAGGCAGAUAUGGGAAAAACAAGGGAAAAUGAUUUUAAGGAGAUGCGUAUUCCUUCCUGGACCUCUGUUCUGUUCUCUCUUCCCUCCCUUCUCUUCUUGAACAGCUUUAUUUAUUGAGUCACAUAAUAAAAGAGCUGAAUGUUCAUUUGUGGAGACCUAGCGGGCUCAGAGUAGACCACCAGAAGUAGGAGGGAAGGAGAAUAAAAGGAAAGGAGUGUGUUAGCUAGUACCUUCCCCUCCACCUUCACCCCUCCCUCAGCUACAGGUGCCUAUAAUUCAGGCUGAGAUGCCUCCUAAAGUCACUGGCCCCUGCUAAGAAACCCUGAGCGCCUUAGCUUAGGGGUUUCCAUAGAGAUCAUCAGUGUGAGCCUCUCCAGCACAUGAUAUUAUGAGGGUGAAAUCUUAGGUGCAUAUGUGUGUGUGUUUGUGAGUGGGUGUGUACACAUCCACAUCUGUCAGAAAAUUUUUCUCAACAUAAAUUUGAUGCUGUUUCCAUCCUUUUGAUAUUUCUCCCAAAGUGAAACUGGCCUCUUCCCUGCCCAGAGGUUUUCAUUUUAAACUUUUGUUCUGGAGAAACUGAGUUGGACAGAGACUAAAAUGUAUUUCAGAAAAUCAUCUGACAAGCAACCUCCAACCUCUGGGAGCAGGGAAGAGGCUCUAUUGUGCCUGAGAUGCCCUGACCCAACCGUCCCAGGGCUGCUACCACUGCUCCCUCUGCCUUCUGCCUCAGGCCCUGGUCCUGUGGGAUUCCAGUUGUGGCCAGAAGACCUUGCCUUUCUCAGAGAAGUAGGGAAUUACAAACUCAACCCUCCCAUUCUGAAGACUGGGCACUACGCCCAGAGUGACCCCUAAAUGAUGGAGAGCCCCAGGGGCCCUUGUCUCCCCUUUGACCUCAGUGCCUUUCUGUCUUUAAAGGGGGUGUGGGAAUAAGUUCAAGGUUUCCAGAUGCUGCUUGCCGGGUGCUAGACAGCAGAUGGCUGGCAGAGCGGGUUGAGGAAAGCCCCCCUUCCCAGCUACCAAAGGGAGAAUGGACUUCUCUUCCCCUAUCACAGCUGCCCCUCAUCCUUGGGGGUGCUGUACAGGGGGGACACGCGGCUUCCUGACUGCUACUUUGUGCUGACUCAUUGGACUGGUGCAAACUUCAGUUAUGAACCAACCAACCAGUUCACGUUAUCAGCCAGGUAUGGAUAGAGACAGCAUGGAGUAGUGGGCCAGCUUUCAGAGUCAGGAAGACCUGGGUUAGAGUGGCUUUGUGACACAGGGCAAGUCACUUAACCUCAGUGUCCCAGUCAACUUGCUAAAACUGUAAGCUGUGAGCAGAUGCUGAUGUUCAUUGGUAGAUAUUUCCUCUGCUGAUGGAAUCACAGCCUUAGGCCCAGAAAACAAAAGAACACCCUUCAAGGCAAGGACAGAAGGAUUGUAAUUUUCAACUGAGGGUUAGACUCCAGGCCCAGCCCUUAAGAGACCCUUUUUUCCCUUGCCUUCAAUUUCCAAAUCCCCAAAAGCCCAUUACUCCAUAGGUAAAGGUAAGCUGAUGUUCCCAGCUUCUCCAAGGCCUCAAAGGGUGGCCUUUCUUUCUCCUCACCUCUCCCACUAAACAUCCACCCUCAUCACUGCCUCUGGAGAAUACAGUGUGUGUAUAUACAUACAUAGAUACAUUAUAUAUAAUAUAAAUUAUAUAUAUGUAUGUAUAUGUAUACCCACAUGUAGUCUUUAUAUCUGUAGAAGAAACAGCAACCUAUACAAAUACCCCUUCUCCCCCCAUCCCACAUCUCACACUGUACCCUCCCCUUCAAAAAAAAAAAACAAAAAAACCCUCCUCUCCCUCUGGUUUAAAUUAAGGGAAAAAACCCAUUUCUCUUAAUCCUGCAUGUCUACAACCUUGGUAUAAGGCAUGGCUCUCGCUGCAACUGCCGUGAAUGCUGCUGAAAACCUCCCUCCAAUGGGAAAGGCGAUUUUAUUUUUAAAGGGAAUAAAAAAAACCUAUUACAUAGAUAUAUAUAUAUAGAGAUAUACAAAUAUAGUACAUAGCUAUAUAGAGAGAGUGUGGGAGAAAGCAUGGGACAGCUCAGAUUCUAAAGAAAGCACAGCUAGAUUUUGGACCUGGGCUGAGGUCUAAAGCUCUUAAAAAAAAAAAAAAA